UAGACGCACCCUAUGAUUAGCUUCAACAUUAGUGAAAGACACAGAAGUGUGAAAUUCUGAUAAAUAUUUACUGAUAUUAUCUGUAUAUUCUGUUUUUCUCUAUUUACAUAUAAUUUAUAUAUAUACAGAAUGUGUUUUAUUAGCAAGUUGAAUACUUCGAUUUAACAACAAACUGGUCAAGUAAUGUGGUUCUAGAACAACAAAUUAUUUUAUUCUACACCCUCCUUUAUAUAUAUCAUAAUUAUUGAUGUGCAACGUGUACAAAUCAGUUCAAUCAACAACAAUGCAUGUUAAGAUGAAGCUGGAAUCCAGUGGAAAAAUAUUUUCACAUUUACUUCUAAUAAUCUUACUUUUUUAUGUAGAAGUAAAUGGAAAUUAUUUUGGAACUAAUUCAGAUAAAGAUGAUCAAUGUUUCUGUAAGUUGAAAGGAUCUAUAGAUGAUUGUACAUGUAAUGUGGACACUGUGGAUUAUUUUAAUAAUAUGAGAAUAUAUCCAAGAAUUCAAAGUCUUCUAGUAAGAGAUUAUUUUAGGUUUUAUAAAGUAAAUUUGAAACAAGACUGUCCAUUUUGGGCAGAUGAUAGCAAGUGUGCUAUACGUUAUUGUCAUGUAUUACCAUGUCAGGAUGAUGAUAUUCCAGAAGGUCUUAAAGGAGAGAUUCCACGAAAUAUUUACUUUAAUGAAAGUCCAGUAGAUAGAUACAAACCUGUCACACAAAUUGCUGAUUGCAGACAGAGUGCUAAAGAUCAUAAUAUAGAACUAGGUUAUUUGAAUACCACAAUUAGUUCCGAAAAUUACAAAGAGUUUGAACGAUGGCAGCGAUAUGAUGAUGCACAAGAUAAUUUCUGUGUAAAAGAAUCUAGUCCUGGAGAAUAUGUAGAUCUCUUACUCAAUCCUGAAAGAUAUACAGGAUACAAGGGAGCCAGUGCGCACAGAAUAUGGCGAAGUAUUUAUAUGGAAAAUUGUUUCAGGCCUGAAAACUCACCUCACAUUUUCAUACAAUCUUCUAAGAUAAAUGGAAUGUGUUUGGAAAAACGAGUUUUUUAUCGUGUUAUAUCCGGUUUACAUGCUAGUAUUAAUAUACAUUUAUGUUCAAAAUAUUUGUUGGCUUCUCAAGAUGGUUUGCAAGUGUCAUCGGAUAAUCAAUGGGGUCCCAAUUUGGAAGAGUUACGAAGAAGAUUUUCGCCCGAAACUACGGGUGGCGAAGGUCCCAAUUGGUUAAAAAAUUUAUAUUUUACUUAUUUACUUCAAUUAAGAGCAUUAGCUAAGGCCGCGCCUUACUUAGAAAGAGAAGAAUAUUAUACAGGCAAUGAAAUUAAUGAUAAGGAUACGAGAUUAGCAAUGAACGAUAUAUUAAAUGUUGUUAGAUCAUUUUCAGAACAUUUUAAUGAAACGGUUAUGUUUACUGGUGGUACAGAAGCACAAUUACUGAAAGAAGAGUUCAGACAACAUUUUAUAAAUAUCUCACGUAUUAUGGAUUGUGUGGGAUGCGACAAAUGUAAAUUAUGGGGCAAAUUGCAGAUACAUGGCUUGGGAACUGCACUAAAAAUAUUAUUCUCAGGAAAAUUUGAUAAAUGGGAAUCAACACUUAACAAUCUCACUCGAAAAUCAUUUUUUUUGGAAAGAAGUGAAAUUGUUGCUUUAGUAAAUGCUUUUGGAAGAUUAUCGGAGAGUAUUUUUGAAUUAGACAGAUUUCGUGCAAUGAUGAGAUAAAACAUCAACUUAUAUAAUAAGAGAUUUUCCAGUGAAACAUUGCAUAAAUACAUCACACUUAGAUUUUCUAGAUUAUUUGUUUUUUUUUUUGUUUUAGUGGAAAGGAAUUUUCACUUAAUCUAAUUAAAUGUUUUUUAUAAUAAGUUUUUGACAUUAAAUAUUUACAUAAAUAAUGAGCA